AACCCUUAAAUUAAUGGCGUUCCUCCGUGUUUCUCGUUCCUCGAUCUAGCAUUCCACAUUCCAGGCUGAUUCCAGGCAUAGCUCUGUGUCUACGCGAGUCAUCGAUUUUCUAAACAAGUUUUAAGUUAUCCACUACAACUGCAACAAGAAACGAUGAACGGAACGAUGUCCAUGGCACCUACAUCACAAAACAACAUGGAGCCUCCAGCGAAGAAGAGCAAAGUAGAAGGAAGUGCAUCAGAGUUCUUGCCAGGCCCUAUAUAUGAUCUCAACCAAAUUGGUCAGGUUGUUGCUGGACCUGGCGCUAAAUAUCUGACACUGCCCGGAAUACUAGGCGCUGGCCUACCAAAAAUCACAUCUGAACAACAGGAUACAGUAAACAGAGCAAAAAAGUAUGCAAUGGAACAAAGUAUUAAGAUGGUCCUCAUGAAGCAGACUCUGGCUCAUCAACAACAGCAAAUGGCUAGUCAACGGAAUCAGGUGCAAAGACAGCAGGCUCUCGCUCUCAUGUGCAGGGUUUAUGUGGGCAGCAUUAGUUUUGAACUAAAAGAGGACACGAUCAGGCAAGCUUUUUUGCCAUUCGGACCAAUCAAAUCGAUUAAUAUGUCUUGGGAUCCUGUUACGCAGAAACACAAGGGCUUUGCCUUUGUUGAAUAUGAGAUACCGGAAGCUGCCCAACUCGCAUUGGAACAAAUGAAUGGUGUCAUGAUUGGUGGCCGCAACAUCAAGGUUGUUGGACGUCCGUCUAAUAUGCCGCAGGCACAAUCUGUAAUCGAUGAGAUCACUGAAGAGAGCAAGCAUUAUAAUCGCAUAUAUAUUGCGUCAAUACAUCACGAUUUAACGGAGGAAGACAUCAAAUCAGUCUUUGAAGCGUUUGGGCCAAUCACCUAUUGCAAGCUUGCACAAGGCAGUUCUCCACAUCGGCAUAAAGGUUAUGGAUUUAUCGAAUACGAGACGAUGCAAGCUGCUCUAGAAGCUAUUGCCUCGAUGAAUUUGUUUGAUCUCGGUGGUCAAUAUCUAAGAGUAGGAAGAGCCAUAACACCACCGAAUGCACUCAUGGGACCUCCUAGUGGUACUAGCAUGAUGCCUACCGCAGCUGCAGUAGCUGCUGCAGCUGCAACUGCAAAAAUACAAGCAAUGGAUGCAGUAGCUAGUAACGCAGUUGCAUUAGGUUUGACAAAACUAGGAGCUGCAGCACCACCACUUUUGAAUCAGGCACUUCCUGGUGUAGUGCGACCUGCUAUCGCACCGGCAACAAUAAUGGCACCGCCAACGAUAGCAACAGUAGCGCCAGUGAUACCUCCACCUGGCAUAGCCAUACCACAAACGUUAACGCGACCUCCCGCUAUUAUUCAACCGAUUCCUGGUCAACCAGUCGUCAUACCACCUCCUGCUGUUGUAGCACCUACAAUUGUUGGUACACCAGUUAUACCAGUUACAACAACUGCGAGUUCGGACAUUAUGAGGCGAGCACAAGAACAAGCGGCUCAUCAGAAACAACAGGAGGAAUUACAGAAAAAAUUAUUAGAAGAAACAGAACCACAGACAUUGCAACAACAAGAGAAUAUGUCUAUUAAGGGUCAGAGCGCGCGUCAUCUCGUAAUGCAAAAGCUUAUGCGUAAAGUCGAAUCUCGAGUUGUUAUUUUAAGAAACAUGGUAGCGCCAGAAGACGUGGAUGAGACACUGCAAGAAGAAAUUCAGGAUGAAUGCUCCAAAUUUGGCGUGGUCGAAAGAGUUAUUAUAUAUAAGGAAAAACAGUCUGAGGACGACGAUAAUGCAGAAGUUAUUGUGAAGAUAUUCGUUUUAUUCUCCCAAAUGAGUGAAGCAGAACGCGCAAGAGAUUCGUUGAAUGGUCGUUAUUUCGGUGGACGACUAGUUAAAGGAGAACUGUAUGACCAAGCUUUGUUUGACAAUAGUGAUUUUUCUGGUUGAUGAGCACAGUAUUUUCAUUUCACUAUAUAUUGAAUUUCUGUCCAUUUUAUUCAUAUAUAAGGAAAUUACUACUUCAACUGCCAGUGUGAAUUGUGCACGCUGUUUAAAUUUACUAUUUAUAAGAUCUUAUAGUUGUGAACAGUAAAGAGCAAAAAUCGAAUGCAUACAAUAUCUCACACAAUUCUAACAAUAACUCAUAAUCGAAUAAUAG